UCUCCUCAUCUCCUUCUAUCAUUCACCAUACUUGCAUUCUAAAUAUCGAGAGAAGAAGAAAGUCAUUCCAUUAGGAGCAAAGUAAAGAAAAAUGGCUCAUGUAGUACACGGAAGGAUGGAGAUUGAUGUUGGGAUCAUAUCUCCAGCAGAAAAGUUCCACAAACUGUUCAGCUGCAGGCCUCAACACAUCCCCAAAAUGUCCUCUCCGAAGUUAGAAGAUUGCAAGUUGCAUGAAGGCAACUGGGGAAAGGUCGGCUCUGUAAUCUCUUGGCACUAUGUCGAAGAUGGAGAGAGGAAGGUUGCGAAGGAGAAAAUUGAGGCCAUUGAUGAUGAGAAGCGCUCCACCACCUUCAGAGUGGUCGACGGUGAUCUGACGAAACUGUACAAGAAGUUCAUCCUGAUCUUUCAGGCCACUCCGAAGGAGGGGAUUGGGGGAGUUGCGCGCUGGACACUGGAGUAUGAGAAGCUGAGCGAGGAGGUCCCCGAACCCUAUGCUACACUCGAGUUCUGCGCUCAGGUCACCAAGGACAUUGACUCUCACCUGAAAUCUGCAUUUGGGGCCGAAGGACCACUACUAGGUAUAUAAUGUUGCAUGUACGUAUCUGCAUGCAUGAUUGCUAUUGUGUGCAGUCUGUGCUAAAUAAGCAAUUUGAGAAAGGGGCAUAGUGCAAUAGCAUGCACUGUCCCCUAGAAAUUAAGAGGUUAUCGGUUCGAUUGUCUAGUGAGAUCACGUGUCCCUUUAUUUAUUUUCGUUUUCUUGUACCAGAGCUUUGAGCCACCUUUGUAACCUAAAAAUAAUAAUACUAAUAAAAAGAAGAGAAGGGUGACGGUGUAUGUUGUUGUGGGUAAAACAUA